ACUAUCACGCGUCAUCAGUCCGCGACCGCCCGUCAGCGCUGACGACGUCUCGAGAAGGCUCGGGGAAACGCUCGGGAAAACACUCGUGAGCGCUUGUUGUCCGUCGCGCCGCGAAACCGCGGAGGCUGAGGAAGGAGCAACAUGGCGCAGUACAAGGGCGCCGCAAGCGAGGCCGGCCGGGCCAUGCAGCUCAUGAAGAAGCGCGAGAAGGAGCGCGAGCAGCUGGAACAGCUGAAGCAGAAGAUCGCAGAGGACAACAUGGUCAAGUCCAACAUCGACAAGAAGUUCUCGGCGCACUACGACGCGGUGGAGGCCGAGCUCAAGUCCAGCACUGUCGGUCUGGUGACCCUCAACGAUAUGAAGGCCAAACAGGAGGCUCUGGUCAAGGAGCGAGAGAAGCAGCUGGCCAAGAAGGAGCAGUCCAAGGAGCUGCAGCUGAAGCUGGAGAAGCAAAAGGAGAAGAAGAGGAAGGAGGAGCAGAAGAGGAAGAUCGCCAGCCUCUCGUUCAACCCCGAUGGUGAUGAGGAAGAGGAUGGGGAGGACGAAGAGGAAGAUAAACAGGAAGAAGAAGAAGAAGAGGAGGAGGAAGAGAAGGAGGAGGAGGAGGAGGAGGAGGAGGAGGAGUACGUGCCAGUUAAGAAGAAGAAACUGGGGAAGAAUCCUGAUGUGGAUACAAGUUUCCUGCCCGACCGCGACCGCGAGGAGGAGGAGAACCGGCUGAGAGAAGAGCUCCGGCAGGAGUGGGAACGGAAGCAGGAGAAGAUCAAGAGUGAAGAGAUUGAGAUCACGUUCAGCUACUGGGACGGUUCUGGACACCGGCGCACUGUCAAGAUGAAGAAGGGCAACACGAUACAGCAGUUCCUGCAGAAGGCUCUCGAGGUGCUCAGGAAGGACUUCAGCGAACUCCGGUCAGCCGGCGUCGAGCAACUGAUGUACAUCAAGGAAGAUCUGAUCAUCCCGCACCACCACAGCUUCUACGACUUCAUCGUGACCAAGGCCAGGGGCAAAAGCGGCCCGCUGUUCAACUUCGAUGUCCACGACGACGUGCGGUUGGUGAACGAUGCCACUGUGGAGAAGGAUGAGUCCCACGCCGGGAAGGUGGUGCUCCGAAGCUGGUACGAGAAGAACAAGCACAUCUUCCCGGCGAGCCGCUGGGAGCCGUACGACCCUGAGAAGAAGUGGGACAAGUACACGAUCCGCUGAAGGACUUCUGCCUCUCUUGGGCUGUGGAUCUACUUCCCGUUUUUGUGUUUUCCUUUUCAGUGCUCUGUUAAAUCGUGCUCUUUGCUGAUGUUUGUAAAUAAGAAAUGAAAAUAAAGCGGAAGCCUCGGCACACCCGGGGAAACGGCCCGCUUUGCGACUGAUGUUAGCACGUUGGUGCGCGCUCCGGGUUUGGCCCGUUUGCCGUUGUGUUGUACUUCCAAGAAUCGUACGAACCGAAGGAAUGAGAGGACGACACGCAAAGCCCACAGUGCUGCUCCGCUCCUU